AUGGCCACUGGAUUGCCUGCGGGCUGGGAAGUCCGGCAUUCCAACAGCAAAAACCUGCCGUACUACUUCAAUCCUGGCACCAAGGAGUCACGAUGGGAGCCGCCGGCAGAGACCGACAGCGAGACGUUGAAGCACUACAUGAGCCAGUACCACACGGCCAACUUGCCCUCUGAUGCCACUGCCAAGCAGAAUGUGGAUGGCAAGAUCCGUUGUGCCCAUCUGUUGGUGAAGCACGCGGGCUCGCGGCGACCCUCGUCAUGGCGCGAGGCCGAAAUCACCCGGUCCAAGGAGGAAGCCCACAACAUCAUUCGUGCCUACGACGCCAAGAUCAAGAGUGGUGAAUCGAGUCUUGGUGACCUGGCCGCAACGGAAAGCGACUGCAGUUCCGCGAGGAAGCGAGGUGAWCUGGGUUUCUUUGGCAAGGGUGACAUGCAGACGGAGUUUGAGCAAGCAUCCUUUGCGCUCCAACCAGGUCAGGUAUCCCAAAUCAUCGAGACACAAUCGGGACUUCACAUCAUCGAGAGACUGGAAUAG